CACCUUUUAAAACAAACUCGACCUUUUCUAAAGUAUCAUGAUUCGUGGAUCUACCUUCAAAUCUGGGAUGAAGAGCGUUGCCGCCGCCAAGCGUGCCAUCGCUACCGCCACCACUCCCACCAAGUAUGCCACUCUUUCCAAUGGAGUUACCAUCGCUACCGAAACCAACCCUCACGCCAAAGUGUCCACCAUUGGUUUAUGGUUUGGUGCCGGAUCCAGAAGCGAACAUUCCUACAGUAACGGUAUCUCGGCCUUGACCGUGUCCACCCUCGCCUCCACCCUCGAAGAUGGGGUGCUUUUGACUUCUCAAAGCACCAAGGAAACCAAUGCCAUUAUUGCCCAAACCACUAAUGAUAACGUGCUCGAAGCUGCUAAACUCAUCAGUAAAAUUGGUUCUAACCCUUCAGAAUAUUUGGAAAAAGCUGACUUGGCUUUAUCUAAGUCUCAAUUGAUCGCCCAGGCUGCCCAGUUGGAAGCAACUCCAGAUAAAAUGGUGUUGGAACACUUGAAUGCUUCUGCUUUCCAAGGUUAUUCUUUGGCGUUGCCAACCUUGGGUACUUCCGAGUCCAUCUCUGGUUUACAACUCCAGGAUUCUGAGCGGUUGUUGGAAAGACACUUGGUGGGUUCCAACGUGGUGGUUGCCGCUUCUGGUAACUUUGACCACAACCAAUUGGUUGAAGCAGUUGAAGCUGCUUUGUCCAUCAAACAAGGUCACAAGCCCGCCGUCAAGCCUGCUUCAUUCUUGGGUUCUGAAGUCAAAAUGAGAGACGACACCAUGCCAAAGGCCUAUGUGGCAUUGGCUGCUCAAGGUGAAGGAGUGUCAUCUCCUGCCUACUAUGUGGCUCAAGUGGCCUCCAAGAUCUUUAACGACUUUGACCACCACUCGGCCUUUGCCAAAUUCCAGUCACCCAAGUUGGCUUCUCAAGUGCAAGAAUACCACAUUGUGGACAAAUAUACUCACUUUUCCACCUCUUACUCAGACACUGGGUUAUGGGGUUUCAAUGCUGAGAUCUCCAACAUUUACCAAAUAGAUGACUUUGUUCACUUCACCUUGAAGCAGUGGAACAGAUUGUCGAUCUCCAUCACUGAUGCCGAAGUCGAAAGAGCCAAGCAACAAACCAAGACUGCUUUGUUGGCUGGAUUGAACUCUACUGAAGCCAUUGCUUCCGACAUCGCCAAAAAGGUGUUAUUGUUGGGUUACAGAACCUCGAUAAGAGAAUCCUUGGAAAAGAUCGAUGCCAUCACCACCAAAGACGUCAGGGCUUGGGCUCAAGCUGCCUUAUGGGACAAGGACAUUGUCAUUUCUGGUACUGGACAAAUCGAAGGAUUGAUGGAUUACAACAGAUGGAGAAAUGGUAUGGCCAUGAUGAGAUGGUAAGCGAACGCUAAUCCCGAAUAUCUCCAUCUUCAUUUGCAUCAAUAUCCACUCCACCAAUCUUAUAUAUUUGAACUAAUAAACGAAUUAAAAAAAUACUGUACUUUAAAUGAGUCCACUCUUUCUUAAGUUAUCCUCGAUAAUCAUAUCGGUUACCGCCGAAAGUACAAACUUCAUCGACGUUGAGUCGGUGGCGCAGGUUCGGUGCACGUAGAUGGGUUUGUUGGUCUUGUUGAUUGCUAAGAACUUUUUCUCAAAAUAGCUGAUUCCAUCCUCUACGGUAUUGCCAGUAAAAUCAUUGAAAUACUUGUGCAACAGCUGAGGAGAAAACUUGGUUUCAAACAAAUCGAUCUUGUUUAAGAAGAGGAUAAAAGCCGUGUUCAAAAACCAUCGUGAGUUGCAUAGUGAGUCGAACAAAACAAGGGUUUCAUGCAUUCGGUUCACUCGCUCAUCUUCAAAAAGUGUCUGAUCAUAUUCACUAAUGGCCACUACAAAUAAGAUGGCGGUGAUAUUAUCAAAGCAAUGGAUCCACUUUUUUCUUUCCAGCCGCUGACCACCAGCAUCCAACACUUUAAACUUGAACGAAUUGAUAUGGAAGUUCGUCUCGGUGAUUCCUGUGGUUUUGAUCCUUCCCUUCAAAAUAUCACUAUUGGUGAACAAAUAAUUGGGUUUGGCAAACUCAUAAAUCUUCUCAAAGUAAUAGGCAGCAUUUGAUUCCAACUGGAACUCGUUUGACCGGUGGAAACACUGUUGAAUCCCACUAUCAUAUUUCCAUAGCAUAUCAAUGGCUUCAGCUAUUUGACUUCGAGA